GCAAUCUAGUAAGUUGACAUCAAUAAGGAUCAGUUGAUUUUUAUUUGUUUAUAGAUUAUUAUUUUGUUAAAAAAAUAAGAGCGUUUAAAGGAUACUUACUUAGUGUCAAAAUGAACAAGGAAGAACGCAAUUCAUCAGAUACCAACAACGAAUACGACGGAGAGUCCUUUGAUAAUGAAAGCUCUGAAGAAGUUUCAAGUGAUGAGGAAUCAAUUUCAGAAGAAUCUAGUCUUGAGGAAUCAUUGGAUGAGCUAUUACCAGAUAAUUCGUCUAUAAAGAGUGUACCAGAUUCUAUUCAAAGCAAUCCAAAGAUCGAACAAAAUCUUAAUGAUACUUCCAGUAUUAAUUCAGAAGAAGCUGAAGAAACGCCCGAUAUAAUUCCAAAUGAUAUUGUUAAUGAAACAAAAAAUGAAAUUCCAACAAAAAUAUCCACACCACAAAUAAAUGAACAUGAAAUCGAUGAAAGUGAAUCCGAUGAUUUAGCUGAAGAGGAAUUAAUUGAAAGUGCAAAAUCACUAACUAUCCAAAAUACAGAAAAUAAACUUGAGGUUGUAGUUCCUACAGAUAUAGAAGAGGAAAAUCCCAAUUCAACUGCCGAAAAUAACGUCAAUGAUGGAGAAAUUUCUUCAUGCCAAGAGUCUGAAAUUGAAUUUGUUGUUGCAAGUCAAACUCCAACUAGUUUUAAUUCAGAUAAUUAUGCCUUCCACAUGGAUAUAUUACAAAAGCCAUCACGUUCUAGUACAAGUAUUCAUCAACAAAGGAAUUCUCACAGAAAAAGUCUGAGUUUUUCUAAUGAACGAAUGCGAGAAAUUGAACGGCACAAUCAAAUUUUACUCCGUAAAAUAUUAACCCAAAAACCGCGCAAGGAAUUUGUAAAUCAAAAAAUUCAAUGUCCAAAUUUAAGAAUGACGACUUCUGCUGUAAACCGAAGGAAACAACAGCGUCAAAUCGAUCUGGAUAAUCAAGUUUUAAAAAGAAAAAUUGAAGCAAUUGCUCUUCGUCGCCCACAAAUUUUAUAAAAUUAUUGGAUAGUUUUAAAAUAUUUUAAUUUUGAGAGAUAAUUUUAAAACAUUAAAAAUUUACUUUAAAUAAAAAAAAUAUUUUAUUUUUAA